ACCUUCCUCCACCCCGCCCACACAUUCUCUCCUAUCCCUAUUUUCUCCCUAUCACUCUCCUCACACUCUUCUGUUCCCUCAGCUUCCUCUCCCCACCCCCGGAUCCCGGAUCAAUCCCGCACCCACACACAAAAACGCACAGAGCUCUUCUUCCUCCCCGGACUCUGCUGCUUUAUUCUCAUCUCUUCUAAUCCUCAUUUCGUUUGUUAAAAAAAAAUGAUGGAUUUCAAUCAGGAGAAUUUAUUCGGGCAAAUAGAAGAUUUACAGGAACUGAGCUUCAUUGAAAGACCAGUGCGUAGAUACCUGAAGACACCAGAAGAAAUUGAAAGAUUGACAGUUGAUGAAGAACUUAAUGAUAUUGAAAGAGCUGUUUAUCUUCUCAGUUCUGGUCAAGAUGUGCAGCGAACCAGUGUUGUUGUUAAUCUACCAAACCUGAUGCGGCAGAACACCUCAGAGACAAUUCGAAGAGUGGUGCCCAAAAUUAGAGAGGUACUGCAUGUUGCAGGGGUGGAGAUGCAAUUAGCUGCUGCGGUUUCUUUCCUUACCAUCUUGCAAGAAGAGUUAGUUUCCAUUACAGCUUAUAUACAUUCAUUUCUCCCAAUCAUAUUGGCAAACUUGGAUCACAGAGACACAGUGGUCAGUAAUGCAUGGUUGGAGACUCUCCUGACUGUAAUUAAUGCUUUACCAAAGGAAACCAUCAGGCAAGAGAUUUUGUCCCCACUGGUUUCAAAGGCUCAACUAUCACAGACAAUCCAGUCACGUUUAGCUAGCUGCAAGAUUCUGGGAAAAGUUGCCAGAAAAUUUGAAUCUCAUAUAAUAAAACGAGAUAUUCUGCCUCUAGUGAAAUCACUUUGCCAGGAUGUAGAAUAUGAAGUUCGCUCCUGUAUGUGUCGUCAACUGGAAUUCAUAGCACAAGGAAUUGGGGUUGAACAGACAAAAACUGCAAUUCUUCCUGAAUUAGUAGAGUUGGCUAGGGAUGAAGGAAGCAGUGUACGUAUUGCUGCAUUUGACACCAUUGUAAAUCUUCUUGUGAUGUUUGACAGUGAUGACCGUACCCAAAUUAUAUUUCCCUUGGUGAUGAUGUUCUGUGAGAAGUCAUUCAAAGCAGAUGAGAGCAUUCUUGCACCACUGUCACACCAACUAGGAAAGCUCUGUCAUGGUCUCUCAGGGAAUUUAACCAAUGAACAACAUAUGUGGUUUUUGGAUUUCUACAAGAAAUUUAGUACAUUAGGCCUACAACAAGAAAACGGUCAAAGUGAUCAUACAACUCAAUUCUAUGCAGCAGAUAUGGAUGCAAAAUAUGUGUCUGUCAGACAGAAUUGUGCCUACAACUUGCCAGCCAUGAUACUUUUUGUGGAUCCUAAAUGUUUCUACUCUGAACUUUACCCAACUUUUUCAACCCUCUGUCAUGAUCCUGAAACUCUUGUCCGACGUACUGUUGCCACUGGCUUCCAUGAAGUCAUUAAGCUGCUAGGCUCCAGUGUUCACACAGUUCACAAAGAAUUGAUUGCGCUUUUGCAAGAUGAAUCAUUAGAGGUAUUGGAUGCACUUCUAGACCACCUUCCAGAAAUUCUAAGAUGCGUCAUUACAGGAGGAGACCAUACAGGAUCAGAGACUAAGGUACAUGUUCCUGACCUGAUUCCAGCACUUUCAAUAGCUGAACAGAGAGCUGCCACUUCUUUAAAAUGGAGAAUACAUGAGAAGCUAUUGCUGACGUUUUCCUGUCUGCCGCAAGUCAUUUCAAGCGAUCAGAUAUACUACAAGUUCUUACCAAUAAUGUUUAGAAUAAUGACAACAAAUAAUGUCCUCCCAGUCCAAAGAGCCUCAGCCAGAACCCUUUGUGUAUUUGUUCGGUACAAUCGUAAACAGGAGCAAAGACAGGAAAUAUGCAGUAAACUCGUUGAACAGCUUGGUCAAGGAAAAAGUUGUUGGAACAGGUUAAGGUUUCUUGACACUUGUGAAUGCAUCAUGGAUCUGUUUUCAAAAGCUUUCUUCUGUAAAUACUUUUUCCUGCCUGUACUUGAACUUUCAAAUGAUCCUGUUCCAAAUGUAAGGAUUAAAUUCUGUUACAUGCUGCCAAAAUUGAAGUCUGCAUUGAAACUGCCUGCUGACAAACACCUGCUUCAACAGCUAGAGCUUUGUGUUCGGAAAUUACUUUGUCAGGAAAAGGACAAAGAUGUCACGGCAAUAGUGAGAAUUAUUACGUUGGAAUUAGAUCGAAUGGAAACGAGUACGGAAUCUUUUCCCAAAAGGUUACAAGAAAAAGACUUACUGGAUCACAAGAAGGAAAAAGAAGAAAAUUUGCUCCUAGAAAUGGAAGACAUGGAAAAACGUGGAGAAAGCAAGUUAAUGAAUGAAAAGAAAUUGCUUUCAUCUUUUAACAAAGAUGGGAAGAGGAAGACUAAGUUAGGUCGUAGUCGUUCACUUGGUGGUCGGGUAGCUCCUCCAAAAAUCACCACUGAUAAAUCCACAAUGAAACUUACUUCAGCAGCAUCAAAUUCUCAAAUUGCUACAACUACAAAAAAUGCUCUACUGUCAUUUGAUGGGAUGCUUCAGAGUCAUUCUUCAAGUUCUGGAGGGACUGCCACCCUGCCAACUUGUUCUUCUCGUUUUUAUUCAGCGAACUCCAAUGAACACAAAACAAACGGGGGUAAAGAUACUCUUCCAAAGAAGUUUAACUUGAAAAGCAGAAAAUCAAAUCCUUAACAAUAUGGAAAGCACUCCUCGAAAGACAUUUUAUAAAGCAUAUCAGUGACUUCCUUAAGGGCAAGUUUCAGGAGGGUUCACAUGAUUUUGAAGCUGCGAGGAACUACACGGAUUUCCCUGACUACCUAGUCCUGAAGAGAAAGCACUCAGAUUUGAAGCCAAGACUGUGGGUUUCACAAAAGCAAUUUAUUCCCAUAUUUUAUUUUUCAUGUCAGCUAUUGUAUAAAUAUUACUGCAUACAUCCUUGUUUGCUAUACAGUGAUCACAAUUCAUUAAAGAAAGCAUUGCAGAGCUUUCAGCAGCUACUACCACAAAUACCUCCAAGUACCCUGAUGGGUAUGUACAAAGAAAUUUAAAAUGUAAGUUUAUCUCAGCACACUUAAGAUGACUAUUUCUUGCUUGUAAGAAACUGAAGUGUGUGGAGUUUGGGAUAAUGAUGUAACUCGAUUCCCAGGCAUAUUCAGGAUCGCAUUUUUGCUGUGGAUGGUAACUGGUAACAAACUCGGUUGCUUAUGGAUUUUAAACAUCAUUCAUUUAUCUAUAAUGACUGACCGGCUGACCCAAUACCUUUGCAAAGUUGUGUUAUAAAUUAUUAAAUUUUUCAAACUUUUGCUUAAUUUGAAGCAUAAAUGGAGUGUUUAACUCCUCUCUCUGAACAAUAGCAAAUGACCAUGUUAAAAUGCCAAAAGUUGAUGCCAAACUGUAACUGAGUAGUUAACCAAGACGAAAUACAGAUUCAAGUUAAAAUAUUAGAAAUUUAACAAAAGUGAUUGAACUAAGAAGCAAGCUUCCAAAUGUAGGCCCAGCAAACCCAAGUUAAUUGAAGAAGUGAAAUGAUACAAUUUUAUUACAUCCAAGCUCGGUGAUUAAAUUCACAAAUCCAGCUUAAUUUAUAUUUGAGCAAUA